GUCAGACACUUAGCUAUGUAUUUUUUGAUGCGAUACAGAUGAGGAGUGGAAGCAGAGCAGAGAGAAGACCAUAAUAUACAGAAGAGAUCAUCCAGUUCAGUUUAUAUCACGGCUCCCUACGACACCAUUCAGACCAUCUUGGAUUGAUGUCUGUCAGGGAUGGCACUAACACCGCUGCUACUCAUUGCCACAUUGAUGGUAAUAUGCAGUGCUCUAGAAAUAGAGGAAUUAUUUGAUAUCCAGGAUUACACUUUUCAACCAAACAACAUUGGUGGUUUUCCACUGAAGCACAUCAGGCAAAAAAGAGAUGCAUCACCUGAUUCAUGGGUCUACAUCAUUGAUGUGGAGGUCAAUGUGUCAGACCAAACAGUCAUACAAGACAUCAAAUCAGAACUCAAUUCAUUAAGUUUCCCCGUACAACUUGAAAAUGAAAUUAACGUCACGCAGAUCAACAUUACAACAGUGUGCUCUCCAAACGGAACUGGAUACCAGUGCAAAUGCGAGGACCAGCUAGCAUGGUCGUACAACACCUGUCUUACAUACACAUCCUGCGGUAAUGACUACAACAAUUACUCGUGCGGAUGCAUCAAUGGCUUGCCACCUGACGGAGAGUCCUGCGGGUACAUACAGCCUCCCACCCCGCCUCCUCAACCCCCUUCCCCUACACCGACGCCAACUCUCAAUCAAACCUUCGAUUACAUUAUCGACAUUGAGGUGAACGUCUCCGAUAUCAGUGUGGUGAAUCAGCUGAGGAGCCUUUUGAAUCGCGUACAGUUCCCCUAUGUGAUAAGCAAUACGAUUGAAAUCGACUCUGCGAACUUAACAACUGUGUGCUCUCCAAACGGAACUGGAUACCAGUGCAAAUGCGAGGACCAGCUAGCAUGGUCGUACAACACCUGUCUUACAUACACAUCCUGCGGUAAUGACUACAACAAUUACUCGUGCGGAUGCAUCAAUGGCUUGCCACCUGACGGAGAGUCCUGCGGGUACAUACAGCCUCCCACCCCGCCUCCUCAACCCCCUUCCCCUACACCGACGCCAACUCUCAAUCAAACCUUCGAUUACAUUAUCGACAUUGAGGUGAACGUCUCCGAUAUCAGUGUGGUGAAUCAGCUGAGGAGCCUUUUGAAUCGCGUACAGUUCCCCUAUGUGAUAAGCAAUACGAUUGAAAUCGACUCUGCGAACUUAACAACUGUGUGCUCUCCAAACGGAACUGGAUACCAGUGCAAAUGCGAGGACCAGCUAGCAUGGUCGUACAACACCUGUCUUACAUACACAUCCUGCGGUAAUGACUACAACAAUUACUCGUGCGGAUGCAUCAAUGGCUUGCCACCUGACGGAGAGUCCUGCGGGUACAUACAGCCUCCCACCCCGCCUCCUCAACCCCCUUCCCCUACACCGACGCCAACUCUCAAUCAAACCUUCGAUUACAUUAUCGACAUUGAGGUGAACGUCUCCGAUAUCAGUGUGGUGAAUCAGCUGAGGAGCCUUUUGAAUCGCGUACAGUUCCCCUAUGUGAUAAGCAAUACGAUUGAAAUCGACUCUGCGAACUUAACAACUGUGUGCUCUCCAAACGGAACUGGAUACCAGUGCAAAUGCGAGGACCAGCUAGCAUGGUCGUACAACACCUGCCUUACAUACACAUCCUGCGGUAAUGACUACAACAAUUACUCGUGCGGAUGCAUCAAUGGCUUGCCACCUGACGGAGAGUCCUGCGGGUACAUACAGCCUCCCACCCCGCCUCCUCAACCCCCUUCCCCUACACCGACGCCAACUCUCAAUCAAACCUUCGAUUACAUUAUCGACAUUGAGGUGAACGUCUCCGAUAUCAGUGUGGUGAAUCAGCUGAGGAGCCUUUUGAAUCGCGUACAGUUCCCCUAUGUGAUAAGCAAUACGAUUGAAAUCGACUCUGCGAACUUAACAACUGUGUGCUCUCCAAACGGAACUGGAUACCAGUGCAAAUGCGAGGACCAGCUAGCAUGGUCGUACAACACCUGCCUUACAUACACAUCCUGCGGUAAUGACUACAACAAUUACUCGUGCGGAUGCAUCAAUGGCUUGCCACCUGACGGAGAGUCCUGCGGGUACAUACAGCCUCCCACCCCGCCUCCUCAACCCCCUUCCCCUACACCGACGCCAACUCUCAAUCAAACCUUCGAUUACAUUAUCGACAUUGAGGUGAACGUCUCCGAUAUCAGUGUGGUGAAUCAGCUGAGGAGCCUUUUGAAUCGCGUACAGUUCCCCUAUGUGAUAAGCAAUACGAUUGAAAUCGACUCUGCGAACUUAACAACUGUGUGCUCUCCAAACGGAACUGGAUACCAGUGCAAAUGCGAGGACCAGCUAGCAUGGUCGUACAACACCUGCCUUACAUACACAUCCUGCGGUAAUGACUACAACAAUUACUCGUGCGGAUGCAUCAAUGGCUUGCCACCUGACGGAGAGUCCUGCGGGUACAUACAGCCUCCCACCCCGCCUCCUCAACCCCCUUCCCCUACACCGACGCCAACUCUCAAUCAAACCUUCGAUUACAUUAUCGACAUUGAGGUGAACGUCUCCGAUAUCAGUGUGGUGAAUCAGCUGAGGAGCCUUUUGAAUCGCGUACAGUUCCCCUAUGUGAUAAGCAAUACGAUUGAAAUCGACUCUGCGAACUUAACAACUGUGUGCUCUCCAAACGGAACUGGAUACCAGUGCAAAUGCGAGGACCAGCUAGCAUGGUCGUACAACACCUGCCUUACAUACACAUCCUGCGGUAAUGACUACAACAAUUACUCGUGCGGAUGCAUCAAUGGCUUGCCACCUGACGGAGAGUCCUGCGGGUACAUACAGCCUCCCACCCCGCCUCCUCAACCCCCUUCCCCUACACCGACGCCAACUCUCAAUCAAACCUUCGAUUACAUUAUCGACAUUGAGGUGAACGUCUCCGAUAUCAGUGUGGUGAAUCAGCUGAGGAGCCUUUUGAAUCGCGUACAGUUCCCCUAUGUGAUAAGCAAUACGAUUGAAAUCGACUCUGCGAACUUAACAACUGUGUGCUCUCCAAACGGAACUGGAUACCAGUGCAAAUGCGAGGACCAGCUAGCAUGGUCGUACAACACCUGCCUUACAUACACAUCCUGCGGUAAUGACUACAACAAUUACUCGUGCGGAUGCAUCAAUGGCUUGCCACCUGACGGAGAGUCCUGCGGGUACAUACAGCCUCCCACCCCGCCUCCUCAACCCCCUUCCCCUACACCGACGCCAACUCUCAGUCAGACCUUCAAUUACUUUAUCGCCAUUGAGGUGAACGUCUCCGAUAUCAGUGUGUUGAAUCAGCUGAGGAGCCUUUUGAAUUACGUACAGUUCCCCUAUAUGAUAAGCAAUACGAUUGAAAUCGACUCUGCGAACUUAACAACUGUGUGCUCUCCAAACGGAACUGGAUACCAGUGCAAAUGCGAGGACCAGCUAGCAUGGUCGUACAACACCUGUCUUACAUACACAUCCUGCGGUAAUGACUACAACAAUUACUCGUGCGGAUGCAUCAAUGGCUUGCCACCUGACGGAGAGUCCUGCGGGUACAUACAGCCUCCCACCCCGCCUCCUCAACCCCCUUCCCCUACACCGACGCCAACUCUCAAUCAAACCUUCGAUUACAUUAUCGACAUUGAGGUGAACGUCUCCGAUAUCAGUGUGGUGAAUCAGCUGAGGAGCCUUUUGAAUCGCGUACAGUUCCCCUAUGUGAUAAGCAAUACGAUUGAAAUCGACUCUGCGAACUUAACAACUGUGUGCUCUCCAAACGGAACUGGAUACCAGUGCAAAUGCGAGGACCAGCUAGCAUGGUCGUACAACACCUGCCUUACAUACACAUCCUGCGGUAAUGACUACAACAAUUACUCGUGCGGAUGCAUCAAUGGCUUGCCACCUGACGGAGAGUCCUGCGGGUACAUACAGCCUCCCACCCCGCCUCCUCAACCCCCUUCCCCUACACCGACGCCAACUCUCAGUCAGACCUUCAAUUACUUUAUCGCCAUUGAGGUGAACGUCUCCGAUAUCAGUGUGUUGAAUCAGCUGAGGAGCCUUUUGAAUUACGUACAGUUCCCCUAUAUGAUAAGCAAUACGAUUGAAAUCGACUCUGCGAACUUAACAACUGUGUGCUCUCCAAACGGAACUGGAUACCAGUGCAAAUGCGAGGACCAGCUAGCAUGGUCGUACAACACCUGUCUUACAUACACAUCCUGCGGUAAUGACUACAACAAUUACUCGUGCGGAUGCAUCAAUGGCUUGCCACCUGACGGAGAGUCCUGCGGGUACAUACAGCCUCCCACCCCGCCUCCUCAACCCCCUUCCCCUACACCGACGCCAACUCUCAGUCAGACCUUCAAUUACUUUAUCGCCAUUGAGGUGAACGUCUCCGAUAUCAGUGUGUUGAAUCAGCUGAGGAGCCUUUUGAAUUACGUACAGUUCCCCUAUAUGAUAAGCAAUACGAUUGAAAUCGACUCUGCGAACUUAACAACUGUGUGCUCUCCAAACGGAACUGGAUACCAGUGCAAAUGCGAGGACCAGCUAGCAUGGUCGUACAACACCUGUCUUACAUACACAUCCUGCGGUAAUGACUACAACAAUUACUCGUGCGGAUGCAUCAAUGGCUUGCCACCUGACGGAGAGUCCUGCGGGUACAUACAGCCUCCCACCCCGCCUCCUCAACCCCCUUCCCCUACACCGACGCCCAGUAAGUAG